AUGACGAAGGAGCAGGGAGUGUCUGGAGAACCAACUCAGUCCAAAUCAACAGUUGUGAUGUCCGACAUCAGAACACUAAAUAAACUGCGCCUGUGGGGAGGCCGGGGUCCAUGUGAUGGUCGUGUGGAGGUCUUCAACAAUGGAGAAUGGGGUGUCAUCUGCAAUUAUAAGUGGAGCGUUGCAAAUGAAAAAGUGAUCUGCAGGGCGCUUGGCUGCGGGACCCGCACGGUCUCUUCAACCGAACACUCGUCCACCGAUCCACCGAAGAAGGCAUGGAUGAACGAAAUCAACUGCACCGGAGAGGAGAAGCAUCUCUGGGAUUGCCUGUUCAAUGGCUGGGGUAUCACUCCCUGUAACUAUGAUACUCAACACAUCAUCAUCAACUGUUCCGGUACCCCAGAAGCCAAUGUGGUGUGCAGGGAGCUGAACUGCGGCACGUCUCGGGUCAUCCCGCCACCAGGCCUUUUCGCCACCAAGGGAUCCACAGCAAUCACCAUCCUGGGCUGUGAGGGCACGGAGAAUCACCUGUGGCAGUGCAACAAGGAGAUAACGGCAAGCUCCUACUUGCCCCCUAACACCACAGCUGCCGUCAUCUGUUCCAGUACGCUCACGCUAUCUGACCCCGACACGGUUAAAGUGGUGCUCCUGAAUGGAGCCAAAGAGAGUCGUUGCUUUGGAGCAGUUCAUUUCAACAGGAAUGGCAUAAAUGAGGCAGUGUGCUCCAAUGAAUGGGACAUAAACGAUGGAUCUGCGGUUUGCAAGGAGCUGGGAUGCGGCUGGCCUCUUUUGGUCUCACCGGGCGAAUGGACCAGUGAUGCUCACGUGAACAACGUAUUCUGUUUUGGUUCAGAGUCUUCAGUCUUUCAUUGCAUGGCCAAUUAUCAAAAACCCACAGACUGUACUAAAGCCACUGUCACCUGCAGCAGUAGCAUUGAGGUGCGUCUCGCCGAUGGUGCAGGGAGAUGCUCAGGCAGGGUGGAGAUUUUAUUUCAGGGUAAAUGGAUGAGUUUACCUUCAGAAGGCUGGACCAUGAAUGAGAGAAACGUAUCUAUAAGUUUGAACGGCGGGUGCUGGGGCAGGGUGAUGGUGCACGCGGAGGGUAAAUCUGGAGCCGUGUGUGCCGACACAUGGAACAACGGCCACUCCACCGGCCUCUGCAAAAGCUUAGGCUGUGGCGUAGCAGUUGCUGAAAUGAAAGGGGAGAGGAUCCCUGGUGGAGUAACCAUUGGCAGCAUGUACUGCGUCGGAACAGACAAUCUCCUCACCCAGUGCAGUUUCACACCCAACAGUGACUUGUCUUAUUGCCAAGACAGGCCUGUCUAUGUUACUUGUUCAGGCAGCAUAAAGCCCAGGAUUCAGGACCUAAAGGAGAAAUGCUCAGGCAACGUGGAGCUCUUCCACUCGGGCCACUGGUAUCCAGUCUGCUCCAAGGUUCUCAGUAAAAACCUUCUCAAUUGGAUUUGUGAAGAGCUGCAUUGUGGGACUGCUCUCCCUGGCAAUGGCACUGUACUCAACACCGAGGAAACUAAAGAAGGAUUUUCGAUUAUUACUGCCUGCGAGAGGGACAAUCUCUCCAUAUCAGACUGCGAAAUAGGAACCAAGCUUGAAAAAUGCGCGCAAGGGUGGGCCCGUAUCAUGCUGACGGACUUAAGCCCAUGCGAAGGAAGGGUUUACGCAUUGAAUCGGAAAGAGCUGUACUCGGUGAGCGGCCAGGGUUGGGGUGACAAGGAGGUCCAGGUGCUCUGCAAGUACCUGCAAUGCGGGAACCGUGUUCAUCACGAGAGCAGGGAGAACAGCCUCAACCGCUGGUGGGAGCACUCGUACAACUGCAAUGGCAACGAGACAAGCAUCUGGCAGUGCAAGGAGACGGAGACGCCCACAGAGCGCAAGCAACUUUACAUCAGAUGCACAGACAACCCUGUGGUGAAAUUGGUCAACACAUCUGAUCGCUGUUUUGGCACAGUGGAAGUAACAGCAUUUGGCCAGGCACAGCCUGUCUGUGCGAACCAGUGGGAUCAAGAGCACUCUCGGCUGCUGUGCCAGCAGUUAAACUGCUCUGGGGCUGUUGCUCAUAAAGUCGUCAAGCCCGGUCGUCGGUUCACCGCACACUACUUUCGUUGUACUGGCAAGGAGUCCGUGCUCUGGCAGUGUGGCUCAACCCAGAGGGAGUGUAGCAGUUAUGUGUCUGUGGUUUGCUCAGACAGCAUUCGACUAAAACUGUCCCAGAAAUGUGGGGGGACAGUUGAAAUUUUCUACGGGGGUGUAUGGGAACCCGUGUGCCCGGAGCCGAAUAUGCCGAGUCAACAGAUCUGCUCUGAGCUGGACUGUGGAAAAGCGAUAAGUCACACGCCGAAAGUGAUUCCAAAAGCAAGACUGCUCAACAUAUCUCUGGAGUGCACUGGCAGAGAGACGUACAUCAAGCACUGCGUCCGCAAGACGGGCUGUGAAAGGAAGACGCUGGGACAGGUUUACUGUGGAAAGUACGUUCCUGAAACGGAACGUGCGGUCCCAGUCGGCACAAUUGUGGGAGUUGUGCUGGGUCUGCUGCUUAUGACUGUGACAGCUGUGCUGAUAUUCUGGCAAUGGAGGCGCAAAAGAUCCAGCAGAUUGAGGCGAGUAGCUAGAAACGCAUCCAUCUUUGAUAGCGGUGAGUAUGAAGAUGUCGAGCCCAACGUGUGUGAGAUGCUUGCCCCGGAGGUGAAAAGCUCAGAUGAACUACCUGCAGCUCGCCUUGAGCUGGCCUCUCGCGUCCUUCCCGGAGAAAGUGAUGCGGAUUGGAAUAAUAGGCAAGACAGUGUGUCCUCCUCCCAGUCAGAGUACGAUGACAUUGAGAACAAAGCAAGGGACUCCGAUGAACUGAUGGAAAAAGAAGGGCAUAGUUCCUCUAACCAGAACCCUGCAAUGGAAAAUGAAAUCAAUGGCUUGCCAGGACCAGCACCUGAAGUCAUCGAGGAGGACUAUGAUGACAUCACAACGUCCCCUGUUGUCAAGGAGCCACCUGUUGCCCAAGGCAUGGGGAACUGUGAGACUGGUGGUGAUGAAGAAUACAUACAGCCUAUCGAAUAA